GACCAAUCUCUCUCUAGAUCAUUUCUCACGAGAGAUAGAGUGACAUGGCUAAUAAGCUAGUAGCAAUAACACUAUUGUCUAGCAUUGCCCUUCUCUCAUGCAUAUCAGUUACCAUCUCGUCUUCCUUAGCAUUCUACAAUGUAGUCAGUUUCGGUGCCAAACCUGACGGUCGAACCGACUCGACCCAACCCUUCCUCCGGGCCUGGAUGGCGGCGUGCAGCUCUGCCAGACCGGCCAUGGUGUACGUUCCCCGGGGGACAUUUUUGAUAAGGUCGGUUACAUUUAACGGUCCGUGCAGGAACAGGAUAGUGUUUGAGAUUGAUGGAACUCUGGUAGCUCCAUGGGACUACCAUGUGAUUGGAAAUACAGGGAACUGGAUUUAUUUCAAACAGGUCUCUUGGGUUUCAGUCCAUGGUGGAACCAUUGAUGCAAGGGGUGCGGGCUUUUGGGCUUGUCGAAAAACCUCAGGUCCUUGCCCUGCUGGAGCUAGGUCAAUAACGUUCCUUGCAUCAAACAAUGUGGAGAUCAACGGGUUAAGAUCAAUCAACAGUCAGGUAAUUCACGUAGCGAUAGCCCAGUGUAAUAACGUGAAUAUUCAAAAUCUAAAUGUUAGAGCAUCGACUAGUAGUCUUAACACCGAUGGGAUACACGUGGAGUCGUCGACCGGAGUUACCAUAACUCGGAGUGCAUUCAGAACCGGAGACGAUUGCAUAUCCAUUGGACCGGCCACCACCAACGUCUGGAUCCAGCGCAUUGCCUGCGGCCCCGGCCAUGGCAUCAGCAUAGGUAGCCUAGGCAACGGUCUCAUUGAAGGCGGUGUCCAAAAUGUGACGGUAACAGGGGUUGUUUUCACCGGAACUCAGAAUGGGGUGCGCAUAAAGACAUGGGCGAGACCAAGCAAUGGAUUUGCAAGAGACAUAGAGUUUAGAAAUGUGAGAAUGAAGAAUGUCGGUAACCCUAUCAUCAUCGAUCAAGAAUAUUGCCCUAAUAACCAGUGUCCUACUAUGAGUUCUGGAGUGCAAGUGAGUCAAGUGACAUACAGCAACAUUAAGGGCACAUCAUCGACCCCGGUGGCUGUGACAUUCAAUUGCAGUCCGAGUGUCCCGUGCAGAGGAAUCCAAAUGAAAGAUGUACAACUUACAUUCGAAAAUCGACCAGCAACUGCAUUUUGCGCCAAUGCACAUGGAACCAGCAGCGGCACGGUCAUCCCCAAGAGUUGUUUGUGAAAAAUAAAAAAAUAAAUAAAUAAUGCAAAUUUGAAUGUACAUAACUUGCGAGGUCUUGAGGCCUACUUGGCUUGCAUUUUCAAUGUAUUUUUCAAAUUUGAAUUUGAAUUUUCUUAA